AUGGCUGACGAUACUCCAUCCUAUACUAUUGCUCCCCUGGAGCACACGCCUCUCGAUAAGAUCGCAGCAAAGGUCGACCUCGUGAGGAACACCUUCAGGUCAGGCCGUACCAAGGACAUCCAGUGGCGCAUGGUCCAGAUCCGCAAGCUGUACUGGGCUAUCGUCGACAACACUGAGCUCAUGCAAGAUGCUCUCCUCAAGGACCUUCGCAAGUGCAAGUAUGAGGCCGUUUUGGCCGAGAUUGAUUGGUGCAAGCAAGAAUGUCUCGAUAUGGUCAACAACAUGGAGAAAUGGCUGCGCGAUGAGCCUGUUCCCAAUGUUCCUCUCCAGUUUCGCGCCAUGAAGCAUCGCACCCGUUUCGAACCCCUUGGCGUUGUUCUCAACAUCGGAUCCUUCAACUUUCCCUUCCAGCUCAACCUCCCCGUUGUCAUCGGCGCCAUCGCUUGCGGCAACUGCGUCGUCAUGAAGGCUUCUGAGUCGUCUCCCAACUGUGCCAUGGUGCUCAAGAAGAUAUUUGAUGAGUCCCUGGACCCUGAGUGCUUCACCUACGUCAACGGUGCUCUGAGCGAGACCCAGCUUCUGCUCGACCAGAAGUUUGACAAGAUUUGCUUCACCGGCGGAAAGGGAGUUGGCAAGAUUAUCGCCAAGAAGGCUGCUGAGACUUUGACCCCCGUGCUUCUCGAGCUUGGUGGCCUGAACCCGUCCUUCGUCACCAAGAACGCCAACCUCAAGUUGGCUGCUAGGCGACUUCUCUGGCAGAAGUCCCUGAACGCGGGCCAGGUCUGCAUGUCCCACAACUACAUCCUCGUCGAUCGAAGUGUCCUUUCUCAAUUUCUAGGAGAGCUCAACAGCCAGAUGCGCACCUUCUUUCCCAAGGGUGCCAAGAACAGCCCCGAUCUCUGCCGCAUCGUCAACGCGGGCCACUUCAACCGCCUCAAGAAGAUGCUUGACGGGACCAACGGGAAGAUUGUUCUCGGAGGCUCCAUGGACGAGUCUGCUCUAUUUAUGGAGCCAACAGCGGUGCUUGUUGAUAGUAUCGACGACAGCAUGAUGGUUCAAGAGGCGUUUGGUCCUAUUUUCGCAAUGAUGGCGGUUGACUCUCUCGACCAGGCCAUCGAUAUUGCCAACUCGGUUGACCCGACUCCUCUCUCGCUCAGCACUUUUGGCAGCAAAGCCGAGAACCAGAAGGUCUUGGACAACGUCACCUCGGGCGGCGCCACCUGCAACGAUGCCUUCUUCCACUCUCAGAUCCCACAGUCCCCUCUGGGAGGUGUAGGUCAGUCUGGCAUGGGCAACUACCACGGAAUCUACUCUAUCAGGACCUUCAGCCACCAGCGCACUAUCGCUGAAGUCCCAUACUGGGCCGACUUCCUGUUCCGUGUGCGCUACAUGCCAUAUGAGUGGCCCACCAUGAACCGUCUCAAGGCCAUCUCCGAUGCAAAGCCCAACUUUGACCGCAACGGCAACAAAAGCAAGGGAAUUGCUUAUUUCCUUGGCCUGAUCUUCGGUCUCGGAUCCAGAAAGUCAAAGGGUGCUCUUCUCAGGUGGGCACUCCUCGUGGUCGCGGCCGCCGUUUUGGAAGCCAAGAAAGGCACUCUGAGCCAACUGCUCACACGAUAA